UGUGUUCUAUUUGGGGAGAAUUCGACGCGAGUUUUUUUACGUUUUGAAUUUAUUUUUCGAAGAAUACUGCAGGUUGGCCCGUCGGGUUCCGGGAAAAGCACAAUAAUCAGAUUGCUGUUCCGAUUGUUCGACGUAACUGAUGGGCGUAUUCUUUUUGAUGGCCAGGAUGUACGUGAUGUACAGAUGAGAUCAUUGAGGAAGCAUAUUGGAAUCGUUCCGCAGGAUACUGUGCUUUUUAAUGAAACUAUUCGAUACAAUAUACGUUUCGGGAAUCCAUCAGCCGGCGAGGAAGAAAUAAGAAAUGCAGCACGAGCAGCUGAAAUUCAUCAACGCAUCAUAUCGCUGCCGGAUGGUAACGGUGGAGAAAAGCAGCGUGUGGCAAUUGCUCGAACAGUCCUGAAGCAACCUCAGUUUAUUUUACUGGAUGAGGCAACUUCGGCAUUGGAUACAGCAACAGAAAGGGCAAUCCAGAAAUGUUUGACCUCGAUCAGUGAAAGUCGUACAAGUGUUGUUGUGGCACAUCGACUUUCAACAAUUGUUAAUGCAGACAAAAUAUUGGUACUUGACCAUGACACAAUGAACUGCUGGAACUGCGCGGACGAUACUGUGCUAUGUGGGAGGCUCAGAGUGAGGAAGCACAUUAAUUCCAAUCAAAUAAUGUGUAUAUGAAU